GUGGAGAUCCGCCAGGACGGGGACCAGUUCUACAUCAAAACUUCCACCACUGUCCGCACCACUGAAAUCAACUUCAAAAUCGGGGAGAACUUUGAGGAGGAGACGGUCGAUGGACGAAAGUGCAGGAGUUUGGCCACUUGGGAGAAUGAAAACAAGAUCUAUUGCAAACAAACUCUUAUUGAGGGAGAUGGCCCCAAAACAUACUGGACUCGAGAAUUAGCUAAUGACGAGCUGAUUUUGACCUUUGGUGCUGAUGAUGUUGUGUGCACAAGAAUUUAUGUAAGAGAGUAAAUACAUCAAUUUACUUCUCAUCUGGGAUGAAGUGGAGAACUGUGAAAAUCCCCAACAUAAUGAGUAUCUGUGUGUGCUGUUACCAAUGCAGUGUUGUAUGUGACCAUGUGUGUUAUAUCCGAACCCAUAUCCUCCAUUAAGUGUAUUUUGCUUUCAUUUUUCAUCGCAGACACUAUUCCUUCCCACUUUUACACCAUCAUUUUUCGUGUCUGCUUUGUAUUUUGUAGUUGUCACUUGCUAUGGUUUCAUCAAUUAUUAAACUUAUUGGGCAUAACUCA